AUGAAGGUGUGUGUCCUCCUGAUGUGUGUGUGCUGUCUCUGUUGGAGGACGGAGGCCGAGUCCAGAUCGUAUCUGAUAACAGCUCCUCUCUCACUGCGUCUGGACGCUGUGGAGACGGUGUUGCUGCAGUUGUUUGGUUAUACAGAGGAAGUGACAGUCUACGUAUUUUUAAAGACCUCCAUGGCUCUAAAUCAUGUGGUUCUUUCUCAAGAAGUCGUGACCCUCAACACCCAGAACCACCACCAGGCCGCUGCCAAAGUCCGGCUGCACCCAGGUCAGCUGGAUAAGAGCGUAAGUCAUGUGAUUCUCCACGUCCAAUCAGCAGAGAUCAACAAGCACAUGUCUCUCUCUGUCAGCCGCACCAAUGGCUUCCUGUUUAUCCAGACCGACAAACCGCUGUACACGCCCUAUCAGAGCGUCAAAGUGAGGGCGUUUUCUCUGAACCAGGAGCUGAGGCCUGCCAAUCGCAGUGUCUUCCUGACCUUCAAGGACCCAGAUCAUGUGACAGUGGACAUUGUGGAGAUGAUUGAUGUCAACAACGGAAUCCCAUCUAUGCAAAACCCCUUCAAGAUCCCCAUUAAACCAAAGUCUGGGAUUUGGACCAUUGAGGCCUCCUACUCUGAUGAUUUCACCACAACAGCGAGAACAGAUUUUGAAGUGAAAGAAUACGUUCUUCCCAGUUUCUCGAUCCUUGUGGAGCCAGAAGCAAACUACAUUAGCUAUGGAAGCUUCAACAAUUUUAACUUUAAGGUCUCCGCAAGGUAUCUUCACGGUGCUCCGGUGGCUGAUGGUGAGAUGUUUCUGCGCUAUGGAUAUGUUAGCGGGAAGAAUCCUCCGGUUCUCAUCCCCAGUUCUGUUUCCAGACAGAUAUUGUCCUCGUCAGGUGAAGUGGACGUGACUGUCAACAUGGAGAAGGUCUUGUCCAAACACAACGGACCAAAAGACCUUAGCAGUCUGGUGGGAAAAUACCUUUACAUCGCUAUACUGCUGCAGGAGUACACAGGUGGAAUCACUCAGGAGGCGGAGUUUGCUGCAGUAAAGUUUGUCAAAUCACCUUACAGCCUGAGUCUGGUGUCCACGCCCCCUUUUAUCAAACCUGGCCUUCCUUAUAACAUCCAGGUGCUGGUGAAGGAUCACCUGGACAAACCGGUGGACCGGGUUGAGGUUCGUCUGGUGGAGCGACAACUGAUCCGACAGGGGAAGGAGACCGUGGAGCUCCCCUGUCCUGACAGCGCCAACAGCCAAUCAGACGGCCUCGCUGUCUUCAUCUGCAACACACCGAAUGAGGGAAUCAGGGCGGUGCUAAAGUUUGAGACGGCAGACCCUGCCCUCCCAGUUGACAGUCAGGCCAGUCUGAGUCUGGAGGCGGUGGCCUAUCACUCCCCAAACCAGCGGUACCUUUACAUCGACCCCCCGCUUCCCGGCCGUGGCCUGGAGGUUGGACGUUUCUCCAGCAUCAAGGUGUACUCGGCCACGCCCUCCUACGUGCCCGUCAAAGCCCUCAGCUACCUGGUGCUCUCUAAAGGGAAGGUGGUGGACUUCGGCAGUCAGAAAUUUGUCUCCAGUGCCGAUAACAAACAGACUCUGAGCUUCGAGGUAACGACCACCAUGGUCCCGUCCAUCAGACUGCUGGUCUACUACAUCUUGUAUGGAGAGGGGACGUCUGAGCUGGUGGCCGACUCCGUCUGGUUGGACGUCAGAGACAAGUGUGUCAACGGACUCCAGACUGAAAUGUCCUAUCGUAGUCGAGACUACAAACCGAAGGAAAACCUCAGGCUGGACAUACGGACCAAUCAGGAUGGUCUGGUGGCCCUGUCUGCAACGGACUCCGCCCUGUUCACACUGCGACCCAACUACAGGGACCCCGUUGCCAUGGUUCUGCGUCACAUCGAGCAAAGCGACCAGGGCUGCGGUGGAGGCGGCGGCAGAGACAGCGCAGACGUCUUCCGAUUGGCCGGCCUCACCUUCGCCACCAACGCCAACGCCCAACCAUCAACCAGCAACGAGGCGUGCGCAGCAGCGGUGCGUGCAAGGCGAGCUCUGACUGAGGAGGAAAAGAAAAAGAAAGCUGAGAGCUACGGUCAGCUGAAGCCGUGCUGUGAACUGGGGAUGAAGUACAUCCCAAAGAUCAUGACCUGCAUUAAGUUCGCUGAGCAGCAGUACCGAAAGCAUCCUCGCUGCAGGCAGGUCUUCAGAGCCUGCUGCGAGUACAUCCAGCAGAACCUGGACCAGGACCAGAACGUCAUCCUGGGACGCAACGAGAUGGGUGCGGACUUUGACCUGGCUCCUUCUCUGGUGCGGAGCUACUUUCCAGAGAGCUGGAUGUGGGAGGUGCAGCGCGUCAGUCCGGGCCAGAAGUACUUCAUUAGGCCUCUACCAGACUCACUCACCACCUGGGAGAUCAGGGCCGUCGGCAUGUUCAAGAACGGUAUUUGUGUUGCGGAGCCGGUUCAGGUGUCGGUCAGUCUGCUGCUCAGCAUGGACAUCCCGCUGCCUUAUCAGGUGGUCAGAGGGGAACAGCUGGAGCUGAAAGGCUCCGUGUACAACCAGCAGCCCGACAUCAUCACGUACUGUGUGACGGUGACCGUCGGCCCGGCACUUUGCCUGCUGCAGUCGCAGCCGGUCGCCAGGACGGCGGGGCUGCACACCACCGCCUGCACCUGGACCUCCUUGGCUGCAGGAGGUGUGGGGAAAGUGAGCGUCACCCUGCUGGGCUUGGAGCCUGGAGAACACACCCUGACCUUCACUCUGAAGACUCGCGAAGGAAAGAAAGACAUCCUGGAGAAGAAGCUACGAGUGGUGCCUGAAGGACUGAGGAAGGAGGAGUAUUCUGGAGGGAGACUCGACCCACAGGGACUCUACGGUUCUGAGAAGAGAACAGUGGAGCUGAAGAACAAAAUACCGGCCAACGUCGUUCCCAACACGGAAGUAGAGAGAAUGCUGACUAUCAAUGGUGAGGUUCUUGAUGAAGUCCUGUCAGUGGUGCACAGCCCCGAAGGCCUCCGACAGCUCGUCAACCUGCCGUCCGGGUCGGCGGAGGCGGAGCUCGGGGGACUCCUCCCCCUGGUCCAGGUGUAUCAGUACCUGGAGACGACGAGGCGCUGGGACGUCCUGGGAGAAGACAUCCAGAAGAGCUCAGCAGAUCUGAGACGGAGGAUCAGAGACGGUCUGGUCAGCAUCAGUUCGUUCAGAGGCGGAGACUCCAGCUACAGCAUGUGGAGGAAGAGAGAACCCAGCACCUGGUCAGAACACACAACAAUCAGUCACCAUAAUAUCUUAAUUGUUGUUUUAACGAUGUGUGAGCAGACAUUAUCACGUCAUGCAUACAGUCCACGUGUGUUAGAGUUCAAAUGA